AUGUUAGUUUUGACCAGAGAUUUGAAAUAUGUCGAAACUGACGACUUAUUGAAGGAAGAAGUAGAAGUUCAAGCCCCAAUUGCUUUCAAAGACAAUGAUUUGAAACCAAUUUUAGAAAAUUUCCAAUACGAAGGAGAUUCAAUCUCUGAUGAAGUAAAAAAAUUGGAUUUUAAGAUUGGUGCAGGGGUUUAUUUCGAUAUUGACAAGAACCCCCAUGAAGAUGAAGAAGAGGACUGUGAACCGGAACCCAAGAAGAAAAAGUUUUGGUUUUUACCAUUCUCUGUUGAUGGUUCUAACUUAAGAGAGGGGGAAGUUACGACCAUGACAGUAGAUUCCAAUUUAGUUGUUUCUACUGUUGAUGAGCAAGGUGGUUUAUUCCACUAUAAGCCAGUUGACAGCAAAGGAUUACUGGGAGCUAUUUCAGAUAGUCAGGAUGAAGAAGAGACAGAAGACAAACAGGAAAAAACCUAUUCCAAUAAAACCAAUGCGACAGUUUUCAGUCAAUUCGACCAAGACUGUGAUAGUAGAGGUAGUAGACUCGGAUUAUUCAGCUGUUUAUUAAUCGGUUGUUUAAUGGCACAUUAUUUAUAA